AUGUAUCAAGGAUCUUAUCAUGGAUCAAAAAAGCAUGAACCUGAUUUAGGGAAGGUUUUAAACAGAGCUUGGGAUGGAGGAAUGAAUAGAAUUAUUAUAACUGGAGGAAAUCUGAUCGACAGCAAGAAAGCUAUAGAGUUAAGCCGCACAGAUUCGAGAUUAUUUUCCACUGUAGGAUGCCAUCCCACUAGAUGUGGGGAUUUUCUCCCAGACCCCGAAAAAUAUUUGAGUGAUCUAAAACAUUUGAUUCAGGAGAAUAAAGAUAAAGUGGUUGCUAUUGGGGAACUUGGAUUAGACUAUGAGAGGUUGCAUUUUUGUGAGAAAGAAGUUCAACUCAAGUAUUUUGAAUAUCAAUUGAAGUUGUCUCAAGAACUUCAACUACCAUUGUUCCUGCAUUGUCGGAAUGCAGCCAAUGAUUUAGUUGAAAUUUUAAGUAGAAACAAGGAACAUGUAGUAGGCGGAGUUGUUCAUUCAUUUGAUGGGACUCAAGAGGAAUUGGAAAAUAUAUUGAAAUUAGAUUUAUUCAUUGGUAUAAAUGGAUGUUCAUUAAGAACAAAAGAGAAUCUUGAGGUAGCUGCUAGAAUACCACAGGAUAGAUUAAUGAUAGAGACAGACAGUCCAUGGUGUGAAGUGAAACAAACUCAUCCAGGCUAUAAAUAUGUUGUCACUAAACCGGCAACUGUGAAAAAGGAAAAGUACUCUGUGGAAUCAGACUGCCAAGUGAAGGGUAGAAAUGAACCUGUUAAUAUUAUACAAGUCCUGGAAAUACUUGCAGCCAUAAGAAACGAACCCAUUGAUGAACUAGCGGAAACAAUUUAUAACAACACCUGCAAGUUAUUUUUUAACAAUAAGUGA